AUGGCCGAAGUCUUGAUGGACUUCCCCGAGCUCACCAUUGACGUCAACGGCAAGAAGGAGCCCAUCAUGAAGCGUACCACUCUCAUCGCCAACACCUCCAACAUGCCCGUCGCUGCCCGUGAGGCUUCCAUCUACACUGGUAUCACCGUCGCCGAGUACUUCCGUGACCAGGGCAAGGACGUUGCCAUGAUGGCUGACUCCUCGUCUCGUUGGGCCGAGGCUCUUCGUGAGAUUUCCGGUCGUCUCGGAGAGAUGCCUGCUGACCAAGGUUUCCCUGCUUACCUCGGUGCCAAGCUCGCCUCUUUCUACGAGCGUGCUGGCCGUGUCACUGCUCUUGGUAGCCCUGACCGCAAGGGCAGUGUUUCCAUUGUCGGUGCCGUCUCUCCUCCCGGUGGUGAUUUCUCGGACCCUGUUACCAGUUCUACUCUUGGUAUUGUGCAGGUCUUCUGGGGUCUCGACAAGAAGCUUGCCCAACGUAAGCAUUUCCCUUCGAUCAACACCUCGCUGUCCUACUCAAAGUACACGACCUCGCUGGAGAAGUACUACCAAGAAAACAACCCCGAGUUCCCUCGUCUGCGUGACCGCAUCAAGGAGCUUUUGACCACUUCCGAGGAUCUCGAGCAAGUCGUGCAAUUGGUCGGAAAGUCGGCUCUUGGUGAUGGUGACAAGAUCACUCUUGACGUCGCAACUCUGCUCAAGGAGGACUUCUUGCAACAAAACGGUUACAGUGACUACGAUCAGUUCUGUCCCCUAUGGAAGACUUUCUGGAUGAUGAAGAACAUGAUGAGCUUCCAUGACGAGGCCCAGAAGGCCAUCUCCCAAGGCCAUGCCUGGAGCAAGGUCAGAGAAGCUACUGGUGAGAUUCAGAGCGAACUCAGAAGCAUGAAGUUCGAGAUUCCGGACGACGGUGAGGAGAAGAUUGUCAAGAAGGUAAGUUGUGAAUAUCCUUCUCUCUCUAAAGUUACAAUACUAACUUCCAACGCANNGUACGAGGAGCUUUUGCAGAAGAUGAACGAAAAGUUCGCUUCCGUCAUGGACGAGUAG